AUGGCGAGCAUGCAGCUACAGGAUAUUCGAGAAAUGGGAGAGGCCAUGACUAGAGCUAGAGAGUUGUGUCUGGAAGCGCAGUACGAAAAGGGAUUGGAGCUGUAUCAGACGACGCUGCAGAGGCUGACUCAGUUCAUCCGUCGAAUGACGAAGAUGUCCGAGCGACAGCCGUGGCUGCAGAUGCAGAUAGAGCUGGAGAACGAGUUGAACCUCAUCACGGACUAUGUCGAGCUCACCCAAGCUUUCAAGAUUCCACCUGGAGCAGCUAAAGCGCGAAUCCACCCAAAAGCACAACGACAGGGAGUUUCAGCUUCUCCCCACUGGGAGAUUUGCGUUCCGCCUGAUCCACGACGCCCAGAUCCUAGCGCCGAAGAUGCAAGAGACCCUGACGUAUGGUCACCUCCGCCCCCGGAAAAGACCCCAAAUCGGUUCCAUGGAGGCGCUCCUGGUGUUCGUGCGGCGCCAUCAUGGGCAAAUGACAACCACGGCAACAAUAACAACAACCACCGCAACAAUCGAGUGGUUAGGAAACCGUCAGCGGGGGCUAGAGUACCUUCGGGGAGACGUACACCUGGAGACGAUCAACGACGACAAGCACCACGUCGAGGUGGCGCUAAAGCCCCACCAGGUCCCUCCCCAGCCAGACAAAGUAAGGAUGGAGGACUGAAGGCCGCUAGAAAAGAGAAUGAGAAGGCACGAGAACGUGGUGGAGGCGGCAGUGAGAAGCCCAAGUACUCCGAUAAGGCAAAAGAAGAAGGCUGGGUGGACUUGGAGCUAAUUGAAAUGAUCGAACGCGAUAUCGUAGACUCGGGACCACCGGUCACCUUUGAGCAGAUUGCCGGACUGGAACACACGAAGGAGCUACUGCAAGAAUCUGUGAUGCUACCUCAGAUCGCUCCUCAUCUAUUCAAAGACGGCCUUCUCAAACCAUGCAACGGUGUUCUCAUGUUCGGUCCACCCGGCACAGGCAAGACGCUACUGGCAAAGGCUGUAGCUAAUGUGUGCAAGUCCACAUUCUUCAACGUGUCAGCGUCGACACUCGCUUCAAAGUAUCGUGGUGAAUCUGAGCGCAUGGUGCGGAUCCUCUUCGACAUGGCACGAUAUUACUCGCCAUCGAUUAUUUUCAUGGAUGAGAUUGACGCCAUCGCUGGUGUGCGCGGUGGUGCACAAGAACACGAGUCUAGUCACCCUGCAGACCCUGGUAACCGCGUGAUGGUUCUUGCCGCGACGAAUUUACCCUGGGAAUUGGAUGAAGCUAUGCGUCGCCGACUUACCAAGCGCGUCUAUAUCCCGCUACCAGAAUCUGAAGGACGCUUACAGCUAUUCAAGCUCAAUCUGGAGAAGGUGGAUGUGGCAUCUGACGUCAACUUUGACAAGCUUGUUGCAGCGACAGAGGGCUAUAGCGGUGAUGAUAUCUGCGGGCUUUGUGACACAGCCAAGAUGAUGCCAGUGAAGCGUUUAUAUACUCCUGAAGUUCUGAAGGAGUUGCAACGCAAGCAACGUGAGGGUGCGUCUGAUGAAGAGCUUCAAGCACACGAGAAGAAUGCGCUGGAGGUCACAUGGUCGGACUUCCAAACAGCACUUGAAAACGUAUCAAAGUCUGUCGGCAAGGAGCAGUUGGAGCGCUUCGUCAAGUGGGAAGAGGAGUUCGGGUCCAAGUGAAGAG